AUGUCAGGGGAAGGAGUUUCUCAUACGUACACUUCUCCAUGUGCUGCACUAAACCCACCAGGGGUAAAAGAUAUGUCAUCUAACAAAGAAGUCAAAAUUAAUGUGGACGAGAUACUCGUCAAAUAUGUUGGAGAAUGUGGAAUUUGGCAGUGGGGUGUUGUUUUGUUAUCAGUCUUAAGUUCCCCAUCAAUGGCAACAUUCCCCGUAUUUGUAAACGCAGUUCCAGACCAUCGUUGCAAAAUGGAAAAUCCUGUGGAAAGACUAUUCAAAGACUACAACUUAAGUUUUAGUGAAGCUGCGGCAGUCAUUGGCCCAUGGAAGGAUGAAGUUCCUAUUACGCAAAUGGGCUGUUCUCGGUUUGCUCUCGACUGGAAUAAUACAAAUCUUGUCGAGAAACUACUUUUAAAUAAAUCCGCCAUUUCAGUCAAUGACCGUAAAUCCUUACCGACUGAGGAAUGCGUUCAUGGAUACGUUUAUGCGAGCAAAAGGUUCCAGUAUCCCAGUACUGUAGUAGAAGAAUUUAACCUAAUAUGCGAAAAUAACAUACUUUCACCACUUGGAACCUCACUUUUCUUAGUUGGUAUGUUAUUUGGAUUUAUUCUUGGAGGGUAUGUUGGUGAUAAAUUUGGAAGGCGACGAGGAGCGAUUGGUUUUUCGCUUUUAGAAAUUCUUUCGGCAGUAGGUGUUUCUUUAGCUCCAAACCAUCAUAUAUAUCAUCUGAUGAGAACAAUAGUUGGAUUUUCUAGUACAGGUAAAGCCAUUGUUCUACGAGUUUUACCUAUCGAACUGACUGUCGCCAAGUACCGAUCUUACUUUACAUCAUUUAUUAUUCUGGGAGUUGUAUUUGCUCAUCGUGCUGUAAUGUCUGGUUUAGCUUAUUCAGUACAAGAUUGGCGUCUUCUAAAUACGUUUUGUAUGCUGCCAUGUCUUACUUGCUUCACUUUUUUUUACCUUCUGCCUGAAUCACCAAGAUGGCUUCUAUCCCAGUGUCGUGAUCAAGAUGCUGUGAAAGUACUAAGAACUGGCUGCCGAAUCAAUCAUAUAUUUACAAAAGACAAGUCAAAAUUAUCUUACUUUGACACGUUAUUACAAAGUACACCCAAGUCAGAUAAUUAUAAUAAAAAGAAGUGUGUUCUCCGCGAACCUGUAAAUUUCUCUAAACGAUGUAUCAAUAUAUUGAAAUCAAUGAGAAACAGCUUUAAUAAUACUCAGUUGGUUAAAACACUUGUUAUAUGUGUUCUACUAUUUAUAACACAUUCUCUUGCCUUUUUUGGUGUUCUGUUAUAUGGUAAGUAUAUUAAUGACAAUAUUUAUAUUGUUACUCUUAUUAAUGCAUCAACAGCUAUCCCUGGACCAAUUAUUGCAAGUAUAGCUUACAGAUGUUUCAAAUAUCGACGUAUUCCUUUAAUGAGUACUUAUAUGAUUUCAGGUUUAUCAUUAUUUAUCGGUGGAAUUUAUACCGUGUUGUGGAAACCACUAACUGAUACUGUAUUGAAUAUUUGCUGUAAUUUUGCGCUUGUUACGUAUUCUGCAUCAAUGAUUAUGAUGUUAAUUUAUUGUGCUGAGUUAUUUCCAUCUUAUAUGCGAACACGUGGUGUAGGCAUAUCGUCUGGUUUAGGCAGAAUUGGUGGAAUUAUUUCUACAUUUGUAAACUACACAGAUUUUUAUCUUGGACAUGGUACACCUGUAUUAAUUUAUUCCGGUUCAGCAAUAUUUCAAGUUAUUUUAUUAUGUUGUUUACGUGAUACAAGUGGUGAAGAUCUACCUGAUGUUGAACUUAGCAUGGAUUCGAAAACAGAUGAUAAUGUUCUGAGUACAAUUAAAACCUUUAAUAAUGAAAAUGAAAGAAAAGAAGAACAAAACAGGGAAGAAUGUAUCAUAGAUUGUAAAACAUAG